GGUAGCUCCCCGUGACGUCACUCACUUCUUGGCGGACUUCACCCCUGAACUUCCAGACGCUCUAGCCGUUGCCAGAGACUCUAUGGUGAUCCCGGCUGGCCCCGGAGAUGCAGCUUACGGUGAAAGCAUUAAAAGGAAAGGAGACCAGCCUGCAGGUCUCUGAGAGUGACACGAUUCUUGCAGUGAAAAGACAAGUGGAGGAAAAGUUACAGGUGCCGGUGUCGCAGCAGAGGUUGUUGUUCAGGGGUAAAGCGCUGUCAGAUGAACAUAGUCUUUCCUUUUACUCCAUUGGACCUGGCGCAAGACUGAACCUAAUGGUGAAGGAGCGAUCAUCACCGGAGGUCGGAGGGAGCGCAGUUUGGAAGUCCCUGGCUGUCAUCCUGGGGAAGCACUUCAGCCCCUCUGAUGCAGAGAGAGUUUUGGAAUAUGUACAAAAGGACUACGAGCGCAGUCUGUGUCUUCUCAGCCUGGAUGACAUUGAACGACUGGCUACGCGAAUAAUUCACCCGCAGCUGCCAGAAGCCAUAGAUCUCGGAUUCCUGGACUGAACUCCUAAUAAUACCGCCCCUCUUACACCCCUGUCGUCCUCGCCUGUACAGAGCUACUGAUUGGGAUCACAACUGUAAUAAAGAUACCAAAUGACCAGGA